AUGCCUCCGAUGCUUCGCCCAGAAAAAACCCUAGAGGACUUCUGGCUAGGUGAAGACACGCAGCUUCCUCGGUGUCGCGAUACCCCAGGCACCCCCUCGUCCUCAACUCCUCGCCCUCCUCUCUCGUCUCUCUCGUCUCUCCCUGCUCGCUCUCUCUCUUCUGCGCCCGCGGUUUCCUCUUCUUUUCUCGCAGCUGCGGCAAACAGUGCCGCGCCCUGUCCUCUCUCUGCCUCGCCCCUCGCCCCGUUUUCUCCGGCGCCUCUGCCCUCAACUUUCUCCUUCAGUCCCCUCUCGCUGCAACUCUCCGACAAGACGGUCCCGCAGGCGCUCUCGGCGGCGAUUCGCCCCUCGGCGUACUUGACAAACAUCUGGGCCUCGAUCUCCAUCGCGCCUGGCUUCUCCUCGCAGGACUUCUUCCUCAUUGCCCGCUCGCUCCCAAAUGCGGAGUACACCGGCGGCACGCAGCCGCUGGUCCUCAGGCUGAAGAACCCUUCCUGCACGGCCGUGCUCGGCGCCAACGGUCGGCUUUCCAUCAUGGGAGGCUUGACGCUCGAGCAGGCGAGAUGGCAGGCUUACCGAGUUGCGUACAAACUCAGAUUCCGGUUAAAGUGGAGAUUCAGGGACACCGACCGCUACGAACUCGACGACGCAAAACAGGCAAGUGAAAAAGCGAGAACCUCGAACCAAGAAGAAAAACAACGCCUGCUCAUCGGUGAGCACUUCGCCGCCCCCAGUACCUCUUCUCUCUCUGCUUCUUCUCUCUCUUCCUCUGUGUCUUCAAACCAGCUCUCGUAUGUGCACAACCCUGAGAUCCGGUUCGUUCCCGAGGAGAUGAAGAUCCAGCAGAUGGUGUGUCGCCUCAACAUGGGCGGCGAGUUCCGUCCAGAUCUGGAGCGCGUGGAGUCUCACCCCUCGCUCCAAGGGCGCGUCGUGGGCAUCAAAGACGGACUGACGAUUCGUGUGCCGCUGACGCUCGGGUCUGCCUCGGGAAGAAACUCGGAGGGAGAGUCCUGCACGGAGCCGGCUCCACUCGCGUGGCGAGAAGAGACGCCCAACCACUCGCCGACGCGCGUUGCGCGCGCACAUGCGUCUUCGGACGGCAGAGACAAGAAAGACGCGCGUCUCGUCUGGAAGGACACGGACGCGUGGUCAGACCCCAGCGGCGAAGACGAAAUCGCAGCUGAGCUGUUCGCAGGGUUCGACGGCGGUGAGGACCCUCCGGCGUCUCCUGCGCGCAGAGGAGACAGGCUGUCAGCCAAGAGGAGAAAGCGAGGGAGGACUGUCGUGCACGAAGAGGGGCACGAAGGCGAGCCUUCGUUGAAACCGAAGAAAGGCGCCACAUGCAUCGUGUACAGAAGUGGAAGAGUGCUCGUCCUCGGGUGUACCUCCACCGAAGAAAUCGAUUAUGCUGUCAGUUUUGUGUGGCCUGCUCUCGUGGGGCUGUGA